UGGCACUCUUCUACGCACAAUUCAAGAUCGAACAAAAAGAAUAUCCCUACGGGCUUCUUCGUGACACCACUCAGCAUGCAGAACAUAUUCGACAAGUCCUUAAGUCCCCCAAUUCGACAAUUCAUAGAAACAUGGGCAAAGAACCAGACUCUCUGGCAAGAACUUACUCACGCGGCGGACAGUUUCUUCAGGGAAGCACUCGUGGACAACAAACAGCUGAAAUAUUACAUCUUCUCUCGCGCCAAAGAGAAAAAAUCGAUUCUGAAAGGCGUCGCUCGACGCGAAAGCCAAAGAGAGGAAGGGCUUUUCACUAAUGAGGAGGAGAUUCUGAAUACAAUGCACGAUCUCGCUGGUAUUCGUAUUCUAACACCUUUCCCAAAAGAUGUGAAUGAAGUGAGGACCUUGUUGAAGGAGCAGUUCGGAGAAAAUGGGGUCAAAGAGACGUAUUGGGGCCUGGACGAAAAGGGCAGGGUCGUUGAGAACGAAUACGGCCGGUUUGUUGGGUACAGGGCGACACAUUUUCACGUCAAAUGGAAGCAGCCCAGCGAUAAGUAUUCUUCGGCUAGGCUUACAAAGUCGGAGCAUGAUGGCUGGACUGUAGAGGUACAGGUCACUACGAUGUUAAUGAACUCUUGGCAAGAGGUCCAGCACGAUCUUAUCUACAAAGAGUCGAAAGGGCCUCCUUCUCAGGACGAGAAAGACAUUGUAAUGACUAUUAAUGGGAUGGCGCAUGCGGGGGAAGUAGCACUUGAGCAUCUCGAGAGAGUCCAGCAGAACAGAAUCCAGAAGGACGGGCGCCCUUUCCAACACGCCGACGAGCUUGUAACAUGGCUUAGAGAAAAAGACCGAACAGACCUCCUGGAAUCUGAAAUCGCCGCGAAUAAUUCCGCCCUUAAGAAUACGAGAAUUGGGAGCAAUGUAUCUGCCGUAUAUCUCGCAGUGCUCUUCGACAUAACUAAGAUCUCAACAUUCGCAUCGCCUAACCAACUGCGUGAAGCUCUCCGAAAAGCUAAUCCAUAUGGAGGACUCAGGCCAAAGCUCUUACUUUCUUCACACGAUGUGGAAUCUUUAGCCGCAGAUAUUUCACUUUGGGUAAUUGCAAAAGUAUGUGUGGAGGCGAAUGGAUGGAAGUUUACAAUCGAGAAAUUAGGGUUGGGGCCACAACUUUCAACGCGUUUUACCCCUCUUGACCCUAAUUCUCAAGCUAAAGCCUGGGCUAUCGUGAACGCAAUCAACCUUGCGCUGUCUGAGCGAUCGAAUAUAGAAGUUAUCGGGAAAGAAAUUCAUAACCAAGCCAUUGCUCUUUGCAAAAAGCCGGAGGACAUUCAGCUUUUCAACCGUGCCCUUUUCUCUACCGUCACAAAGCAUACGAUUGGCUCGGACGACCAAAACUUGAUUGAUAUUUUAUGGGAAGGGCUAUACAGCAAUACCAGAUUGUUUUCUUUGUUACAAGCAUCGAUGUCGAUGCUGGCAGCGGAUGUUGUGGUCGUUCCAAAGGUGGAAUAUGCAUAUGGGUCUCGCUGUGUUAUAUGGCCAGGGCAUUGGAGAGGGAUUGGACGAGAAGAAGAGUGGAUUGCUUCAAUCUUACGACCAUCCCGUGAGAGCAUCGUGUCGUUCAUCAGCACAACAGCAUCGUCCAUCACCCUUUUGAGUGAGGUGAAAGCGGACAACUUUCCAUGGGGAGCGCUCGAUACCAACGGCGACUUCUUUGACAAGGGUGGGUUCACAGUCCACCAGUGGGGUACCCAGCUAGGUGUUAGCGAAUUAGCAGUAGAUGAGCCAAAAGGAAAAGGGGCAGAUUACUUGUAUGAUGGCCCUCAAUUUGGGACUUUUGCUAGGGAUAGUAGCUGGAAGGGAAAAGUUGAGUCUUUACGAAAAAGAACACUUGAGAGUUAUCAGGACUAAAGAGAA